GGCGGGGCACCAGGUUUUUAAUUUCUAGGCGCAGGUGGCAAGACCUUGCGACCCCAGGUUUUGACCAUGGCGGUGCGCUGGGGCAUCGUGUCAGUCGGUUUUAUCUCCAGCGACUUCACGACUGUGCUGCGAACGCUGCCUCGCUCCGAGCACCAGGUGGUGGCGGUAGCAGCCCGAGACCUGAGCCGGGCGAAGGAGUUUGCAAGGAAACAUGACAUCCCCAAGGCCUAUGGGUCCUAUGAGGAGCUGGCCAAAGACCCGAAUGUGGAGGUGGCCUACAUCGGCACCCAGCAGGUCCAGCACAAGGCCGCAGUGUUGCUAUGUCUGGCAGCGGGCAAGGCCGUUCUGUGCGAGAAGCCCAUGGGCACAAACUCUGCGGAAGUUCGCGAAAUGGUUGCUGAAGCCCGAUCCCGAGGCCUCUUUCUCAUGGAGGGCAUCUGGACACGCUUCUUUCCUGCUAUAGAAGCUCUGAGGUCGGCUGUGUCUCAGGGAGCUCUGGGAAGUCUCCGGGUGGCUCGGGCAGAAUUUGGGAAGGACCUUACCGGCAUACCCCGGAUCAUAGACAAAGCCCAGGCUGGCGGUGCCCUGUUGGACUUUGGUAUCUACUGUGUCCAGUUCAUCUCCAUGGUCUUUGGUGGGCAGAAGCCUGAGAAGAUUUCAGCCAUGGGCAGGCUCUAUGAAACAGGUGUAGACGACACGGUCACCGUGCUCCUCCAGUACCCAGGAGAGCUCCAGGCCAGCUUUACCUGCAGCAUCUGUGCUCCGCUCUCCAAUACGGCCUCAGUGAGCGGCACCAAGGGCAUGGCACAGGUCCUCGAGCCCUUCUGGUGCCCAACAGAGCUGGUGGUGAAGGGAGAGCAUAAGGAGUUCCCGCUGCCCCCAACCCCAGGCAAGGAGUUCAAUUUUCCAAAUGGAGCGGGCAUGGUUUAUGAGGCCAAGCAUGUCCGGGAGUGCUUGCGAAAGGGUCUGAAGGAAAGUCCUGUGAUGCCCCUGGUGGAAAGUGAACUCCUGGCUGACAUCCUUGAAGAAGUGAGGAAGGCCAUUGGAGUCACCUUCCCCUAAGACAAACACUGACGUGUGCCCUGAAUAAAAAAGACGUGGCUCCCACAGA